CGUGCGCGCACCCGCGAACGAAAUGGCCCGAAGAGCAGCGCGCCCCCGUGCCAGCCUAGCGUCGUUUUACUUUAAUUUCUGUCCGUGUGAUUAAAGUUUUGACGUUUUCCGGCGACUUUUUCGACCAGGACACAUCGUUUAGUGGGACUCAUUGGCUUUUAUCGGCUUUGAGAUUGCUUUUUUUUUUCUUCUCCUUCCCUUUUUUGGUCUUUAUAGUUGCGAAGCUGACGGAUAUGUUUCGGUGACUCUGUUUUUCAGUCGGGGAAAUUCACUGUCAAAAGAUAAAAAUUUACUUUCCGACUGGCGUGCAUCGGGGAUACCAGAUUUCGGGACGGUCCAGUUUAAUGGAUCAGCGCUUCGGAAGCCGAUUCUAUCUUAUGCCAGGCGAAGGCGGGUGUGUCCGACUCUUAUUGAACUCCAGUUAAAAUAUACACCAAUACUUCAAUAAAUGAGGAAAAGUUGCAUGCUUUGUGAAGCGUCCGUUCUCGCGGCAAUAUUUUCCUCCUCCUCCUCCUCUUGCCCCGCGCGUUUGUGUACCGAUGUAUAUAAACGGACGUCAAAGCGGGGGGUUGUGUAGUUAGCAUGCAACAGCAUGACAUAAACAGUAAAAACUGUUGCGAGCUUCAUUGCUUUCAGCAGCUGCAAUUAAUACCUCAUUCUCUCCUCUUUUUUCUGCAAACCCUUCGUAUUGCGAUGCUUUCUGAGAGGUCCCUUUUUGUGCCCUAAUGCGAAUUUAUUUUAAGUGUUUUUGUAAAGACGUGGACUACUUUAAAGUAUCCUAUUUCAUUAAAGAAAUCGGCCUAUGUAAAUGUAUACAUACUAGCCAUCUAUUACAGCGCGCGUAAUUAGAAAUACACAAGAGUUUGUUUUAAAUGAGAACUUUUUCCGUCAGAUUUUGCUUUGUUACUGUACACUUUUUUUUGUUGUUGUUACAUUUCUGGUCCGGCGCGCCUUUCGUAUUAAUGCACGGAUGAAUCUAACGCACUAAGAUAUUUAACUUGGUUUCAAGCUGUUUUUUCUGUGUACUUAGGAUGGAGACUAAAUAAUCAUAACGCGUUUUGCUCCGAGAAGCCGGGGCAGAGCGAGCGGAGGAGAAGGGGCGAAAUCUGCAAAGUUAGCAGGAAAACGGGCCAUCAGAAUCACGGAAACCAGCGCGUCCCUUUUCCUCGCUUGUUCGGCUCCAGAUGGAUUUAAUAAAAGCGACUCGAUUCCUUCCAAAUCUUUUGCUUUAGAUGCGCGUUGCGCCGUUCUCACAUGAUCGGAGGUUUUUUCCCCCAUAUAUACAACUUUUGGGACAUUAGUGUUUCUCCUGUAUAUAUUUUUCUUACAAUCUGUGUUUUGAAUGUGGGCCAGUAAACAUACUGUCGCCUAAAAACGACGGACAUUUCCUUUUUCCCCCAAAGUUUCGUGGAUUGGUGCCAAAGACACUUUUAAGUUACUUGCUCGUUGUAUUUUGUUUUUUAUGUUUAUGAACUAUACGAGAGAACUUUGUCUACAAAUGAAUGCAUAUUUUAUUAGCGCGGGCAGGCUGUCAGACACGCCAUCAGUCAUCUGAACGGAGUAUAUUCAUAUUCAUACCCGAACCGGUCGCUCUUAAGUGGAUGUGAGUUUAUGAUGGCUUUCGCUGCCUCGUCCCUCUCCGGUCACUUGCUCAGCGGAACGCCGAGUGCGAAAAGCGGGGAUCCCAAGUGAGGAUGAGCUUCUGCAGAUAGCGGCUGUUCGUCUUCGGAAUCGGGGCUUCGCACCAAACGACGCCCGGCGGAGUGAGCAGCCUCAGCGGUAUCGCUGGCUCGGGGGUCCGCGGCUCCAUCCCAGCCGGCUGUUAAUGGGUGGUGCUGGCGGAACGACCCUCUGAAGAUCUCAUCGCAGCGUGGGAACGGCGGCCAUCCUCUGCAAAAAUGAACGAGCGACAGGCUCUCCACUCCAUCAUGAAGGACCUGGUGGCUCUACAGAUGACCCGGCGCAGCCAGGCCCCGCCCCCUUUCGACAUGGGCAAACCCAAGCCCAGCUGCCCCCCCAAAAGACAGGAUGAUGUCAGAAUCAAGUUUGAAUUUUGUGGGGAACGGAGGAUCCUGAUGUUUGGACGUCCGGUGCAGUUCGAUGAGGUCCGACAGAAGGUCCACGCAGUCUUUGGCCAGCAGUUGGACCUGCACUACAUGAACAAUGAGCUGUCCAUCCCUCUGCGCAGUCAAGACGACCUGGACAAGGCUAUCGACCUGCUGGACCGCAGCUCCAACAUGAAGAGCAUCAAGAUCCAGUUGCUGACCCAGGAGCAUAAUAACGCCCCCAGCCCCUCCCACAGCUCGGUGUGUAAGCAGGUGCGCAUCAAAGGCUCUCAGUCUAUGGGGGACGUCAACACCGCCUACCAGUCCUCCGAGCCUAGGGGGCGCCACCUCUCAUCCAGCUCCCAGAACACGGGCCGCAGCUCACCCCCGCCCGGAUACGUCCCCGAGCGGCAACAACGUAUCGCCCGUCAGGGCUCCUACACCAGCAUCAACAGCGAGGGCGAGUUCAUCCCCGAGACCAGCGACCAGUGUGUCCUGGACCCCUGGAGCAGUGCUGAGAACUCCGUGUCGGGCAGCUGCCAGUCCCUGGACAGCAACUCAGACAGCCCAUCGCUCAGGAAGUCUCGCAUGUACCGAGCCAAGAGCUACCCGGAUAACCGGCAGGACCUCUCGGACCGUGAAAACCACAUGUACGACAAGGUGGUGGGAAAGGGAGGCACUUAUCCCCGGAGAUACCACGUCUCGCUCCAGCACAAGGACCAUGCCGAGGGUCGGGGUACCUUCCCUCGGAUCCGUCGCCCCCAGGGCAACUUGUUCACCCUGGUGCCAUCAAGGCGAACCCUCAAUGGCAGCGAGGAGAGCCUGGGCUCCGGCUGGCAGCUGGACGCCAAGGGCCGACUUCGGCCCCAGGACCGUACCGUGCCCCACAAGUCCCCUAGUGCCCCCUUGACGUGGAGGCGUGGCAAGCUUCUGGGACAGGGGGCUUUCGGGAGGGUGUAUCUGUGCUACGACGUCGACACCGGCCGGGAGCUGGCGGCCAAGCAGGUCCAGUUUGACCCUGACAGUCCAGAGACCAGCAAGGAGGUAAGCGCUCUGGAGUGUGAAAUCCAGUUACUGAAGAAUCUCCACCAUGAGCGAAUCGUGCAGUACUACGGCUGUCUGCGGGACCAUGGGGAGAAGACCCUCACCAUCUUCAUGGAGUACAUGCCUGGGGGCUCGGUGAAGGACCAGCUAAAGGCCUACGGUGCCCUGACGGAGAACGUGACCCGGAAGUACACCCGACAAAUCCUGGAGGGAAUGUCCUUCCUGCACAGUAACAUGAUUGUCCAUCGUGACAUCAAAGGUGCCAACAUCCUGCGGGACUCUGCGGGGAACGUGAAGCUGGGCGACUUUGGCGCUAGCAAGCGGCUGCAGACCAUCUGCAUGUCCAGCUCUGGCAUCCGCUCCGUGACUGGCACCCCCUACUGGAUGAGCCCGGAAGUGAUCAGCGGGGAAGGCUACGGCAGAAAAGCCGACGUAUGGAGCUUGGGGUGCACAGUGGUGGAAAUGCUGACUGAGAAGCCACCGUGGGCAGAGUAUGAGGCUAUGGCCGCCAUAUUCAAGAUCGCCACGCAGCCCACCAACCCCACGCUGCCGUCCCAUACGUCGGAGCAGACGCGUGACUUUGUGCGGCGCAUCUUUGUGGAGGCCAGACACCGGCCGAGUGCCGAGGAGCUCCUCAGGCACCCCUUCUCCCAGAUCCUGUGUUGAGGCUCCUCCCCUUUCUGUUCAGCCCCGCCCCCUGCACAAUAAGCCCCACCCCCUCUGACUCCCCUCUCAGGGGGUAUGACGCACACCCUCACGAGCCUGCCAGGACCUGGGAGGCCAACUGCCCGUAUUUCGACGUGUGUCAGACUGCCGCAGUGUUACCACGGUGAGGGAAGCUUAACCCUCCCACGAUGGAUGGGACUGGAAGAGAUCCGUCCGCAAGCUAAAUGUGCCUUGUUGGAAUCUGCCAAUGUCUCUCCAAAGCUGUGCGUUUACACUCCCGUGGCGCCUCCUACCAUUCGCCGAGACAGAUGAGAGGAGCAAGGCGGCCCUUGCUCUUCAGAACCCCGGAGGGGUCGCAGUCAGUAUUAACCACUCCCUAGGAUUAGCAUUAGCAUUAGCCGUGCGUCCCUCCAUCAGUCUGAUUGGUGGUGGACGGUGCUGGUUAACUAGCCUGACAUGGCAGGAAGAUGUGCUGGAUUAUUGAAUGUUCUCAAAAAGGAUUCUAUGCUUCAAUCUUUCUCACCACCGAUGGGCCAAUCCCAUCCUUUUAUAACUUAUUUUAUUGCCGUUGGUUUUGUCACUGAAAGAGAUUUCCGUCAUUGUCCGUUCUUUUCUGGGCUGGCCCAUGUGAGACUCCCCCCCCCCCCGGUCCUGAAUUGCAUCCUAUCGCCACACAGCUGCAGCAGUGCCUUCAGUAUAUCCCAGCUCGAAGCCUCCAACCUGACUGGGUCUUCCAGCCAUGUUCCUGUAGGGUCCAAUCAGACCGGAGUCCUCACCAGCCACAUUUCGGCUCUGCACCUUUUUGCUAACGCUGAUGUACCAAAGAGUGUUUCGAUCGUGUGAGGGGAAAAGAUGAUGGCAGAGUGUCCUCCUUGGGGGGGGGGGGAUUGGACCUGGGCCUUACCCUUACUGCCCCUCCAGUCAUUAAAAUAAAAUGAGAUGGGUAAGGAUUUAUGUUCAAGUCGCAUGAAUAAUCACAAACACAGCUGCUACUUCAUACUGGCACCUAAAAGUGAGCCUCUUAAACUAAAGAACAUCAUCUAUUGUAGCUUUCAUGGGACAAAAGCUUGCAUUUAGCCCUUCACAUAAAACAAUGGCCCAGGCAAUCUCUAGACGAUCUACAGGAGAAAUACUUGUCCCACCCCCCCACGCAUAAACGUCAGAGCCCGUCAUCAGGAAAUAUCUUGGUAUGAAUACAGAUAUGAGUCAGACCUGUUCUUCAGGUGUGUUGGGUCAUUAUGUAAGAAGCGCUUCUUUGAUUUAAUUGUGCUUCCAUUUGCUCUAGUGCACUUUUCCCCACUUGUAUUUUUUGAAAAAAUGAAUGUUUUUUUUUUUGUCUUGGGUUUUCUCACUUUUAAAAAAAAAAAAAAAUGUUUCAAUGUGAAGUGUCUUUAUUUAUAUCCCAAAUUCAUUUAAAUUUUUUAUAUAUAAAAAUAUAUGUAUAAAUAUAUUUUUUAUAUAUUGACUCUAAACGGUUUUGAAGUCUAAGGACACGUUUAGAUAUUUGAAAAUUAAGAAGUAUGGGAAAAAAAAAACUCAUUGGAAGCAGCUGGUUUUGCGUAGAUUAUGCAGUGGGUUAUUGUAGUGUAAAAUGCAGGAGUGAAGGGCUGCUCUCUUGGUCUAACUGCCACGCAGAUCUAGGAUGAAGUAUGUUACCAGACUUAGAUUCUGCAAAGGCGGAACGGUCGGUUCACAAUGUCCUCCUGGAAUGCAAAUUCCAUUCAAACCACGGGGACCUUCUUUGUGACCUCAUCACUUGUUAAUCUUGAGACGUAUAGCGCGCACGGAGAUGCGCCUCCCAUUGAAAUCAAAUACACCAAGAGAUGACUGACUGCUCGUUCCUCUGCUUGAGAAUGAGCGAAUGUGGCAGACAGGCCACAGAGCGGCGAUUCACCCAGUUUGACGACUUUGUUUAGCCCAGGGUUUGUAUGCCUGCUGUCCUCUCGUUAGAUCCACAGAAAUCAUGUGAUCCCUAGGAUUGGACAUACCUUCUGACUGUCUCUACGCGCACUGGCUUCUGAUUGGCUGAGAGCUGUCUGCGAUCAGCCACGCAUCAAAGACGCCCCGCAGUGGCUGGAAAGCAGUGUAAAGUUUCUGGAUCAUAAACGUAGCGACAAGGCAUUUCUCAUUCACUUGUGAAGUACAUUGUAUCAGUCAUUUUUAUUUGGCAGCUUUUAGUUUAUUUAAAAUAAGCUGAUGAAGUUAAUGAACAAAAAGAUGUCUCGUUUCGGCAGCUAGCCAAUCAUAAUGUUUCAAAGUAAGAAGUAAGAAAUUUUAAACUACACAGAUUGUAUGACUGAAGGGCCUGUGUGCAGUCAUGCCCCUGCAGUGGCCACUAGGGGUAGAAUUCUAGGUAUUAAACAAGUUCUAUGGUUCAGGCUAACAUAGAGGCCGGCGUCUUGGGAAUAGGCCAGCGUAAAUGAACUUGUGCUGCUUUUCAUUUUUGAUGUCCAUUUCUUUUUCUUUGACUGGGGUAUUCAUAUCCCAGAUCGAACAGGAAACAUGGCUGCUAAGUAUUUAGAGCAGCUACAAUCAGUCUUGUGAAUAAUCAGAGCAUGCCGAAUGUUCUGUGCACAGAGAACCCUGGGGUAAUCAAAAGAUGAUGGUAGUUUAUAUAUAUAGGAAUAUAUAUUUGUAUCUCGACAGGACUUGCAGUGCAAAGUCCAGUGUAUUAAAUAUAUUUACAAUAAAAGCGAACCAUAUGUUUAUUAA